AUGGCGGAUUACGAGGCUACCACCACCACCAGCACCGCCUCCCACCAGCACCACAAUGUAAUCCCCAAAGAAACAGCCCUCCAAGCCUUAAACACCAUAAUCCAGCUCCACUUCGAGAAAACCCUCGAAAAAAAACGAGCAGUAGACCUCCAAAAAAAGGAGUUAUGGAAGCUCUUCCAGAUCUUCUUCCUCUUUUUGGGCCUGGUUUUCCUCGCCCAAUCCCAGUCUACCAGCCUCCAGUGCCGCCACUGCUGGGUCCCCAUUGGGCUCCUCUCUUUAGCCCACUUAAUCUUCUACGUGUCGGUGGCUCAAACCAUGAGGCUGAGGCAGCUGAGGAUGAGAAUUAGUAGCGGUGGAAAUCCCAAUUAUGUAGAUGAAACGGGAGAGGAUUUUGAGAUUCAUUAUCAGGAGCCGCCGGAGAGUUAUUUUGGUAAGUUUAAGAGGAAUUGGGCUUUGCAUUUUGGGUUUUUGAUCUUGAUUUAUGGGUUCAUGGUGUCUUCUUCUGUUGUUCUUCUUUGCUUUUAA